AAUCUCCCUCCCUCCGGAUCCGAUCGAGCGAGUCGCAUCCCAUUCCCCUUCCCAGCCACAGACCUCUCCUCUCUCCAUCCUCCAAUCUCCAAGCAGCAGCAGCAGCAGAUCCCAUCCAUGGCGGGGGGCAAGUCCACCGGCAACGCCGCGCGCACCAGGAAGCGCGUCGAGGCCACCGUCCUCAAGCGCUCCAGGGACGGCAGCGCAUUCACCAGAUGCGAGGCCUGCAACAAGGACGUCCCCGUCGUCCUCAUCGACAUGCACAGCUGCAGCCUCGACGCCAAGAUCAGGAUGACGCUCGAGGCGCAGGUGGUCGAGAGGACCGUCGAGGUCACCAAGCCCGACCGCAAGAAGCCCUCCAAGACCGCCAAGGACCCCAAGCGCAAGCGCACGCCCACCGCCUUCUUCCUCUUCAUGGCCGACUUCAGGAAGGAGUUCAAGGCCCCCCAUCCUGACAACAAGAAUGUCGCCACCGUUGCAAAGGAAGGAGGGGAGAAGUGGAACUCCAUGACCGACCAAGAGAAGAAGCCCUACAUGGACAAGGCUGCCGAGCUCAAGGCUCUUGCUGAGAAUGGCGAGGGCAGUGGUGAGAACAAUGUCGCUGGUGCCGAGAACGAGAAAGCCAAGGCAGAUGAGGAGGGGGACCAGGAGGUGGAUCAGCCACCGCCCAAGAGGCGCCGCCGCCGCAAGGUCGCUGAUGAUGAGGAUGAGGAGGACGAGGCGGGUGGCCAGGGAGACGAUGAUGAGAAGAACGAGCUGGAUGAUGACAUGUAGAUGGAAGAGCAGAGCGACCUGCUCUUUUAUUUAUGUAAAUGGCGGGCAGAUGUGCUAGAUCGUGGCUUGUUUGAUUCGAGAGCUGGAUUGUAGUCGUAGCACGCCAUCACUGUAGCUAUUCACUACUAGUGAUGAAGAUGGCAUUUUCGUUUUGGUAGCUUGCAGUCGGUGCUACCUGUGGCGGCAGUGCUAGCUAAAUGUUGUUGGCACAUGAAUGAAUAUCUAUCUAUCUAUCUGUUCAGAUCCCA